CUAGGACGUCAAGCAACGGCAAUUCGACCGUAUAGGGCAAUCUGGCACGGACGAGAGCGUUGCAACAUGGCGUCUCUAUCUAGCUCCUAUUCACAGGCGCUAAAUUCGCAGCACGUCUAUCAACCAGGCAUAGUGCAUCGAACAUGCAGAAUUCCCUACGCAAAAGCAUUUCAAUCAGCCCUUCCGGCCUCCUCCGCAAGCGUACGCCAACUGCCAUACCGUCCAUCUCGGAACGCGGAGCACACGUCCCCCAGGUUCCGCACUCCCCUCCGUACCUAUUCCGCCUCAGCAGCUGCCUCCCCCGGCGCCCAGCCCAGCCCCGGCAGCCCCUCCUCCCCCUCCUCCCCCUCCUCCCCCUCCGCCCCCGCCUCCGCUCCCAACCCCUUCCUGACCGUGCUGCUGCCCACCUCCCUGGCGCUGCUGCUGUGCAACAUGGACCGCAUCUGUCUCUCAGUCGCCAUCCUGCCCAUGGCGGCGGAGUUCGGAUGGCCAGCUAGCCUGCAGGGAGUGGUCCAGUCCGCCUUCCUGUGGGGCUACAUGGCCACCCAGCUGGCGGGCGGUGCACUGGCUGACCGGCACGGCGGCAAGCGCGUGAUGGCGGGCGGCAUGGCCUGGUUCUCCGCCGCCUCGCUGCUGCUGCCGCUGCUCCUCACUCCCGCCACGCGCGCGGCGGGGCUCACCGUGCCGGCGGUGCUGCUGGCACGCUUCCUCACGGGGUUCGGCGAGGGUGUUGCGUUGCCCUGCAUGAGCAACCUGGUGGCAGCGCACGUGCCGCCUGCUGCCAAGGCGCGGGCGCUGGGGAUGUGCUUCUCGGGGUUCCACAGCGGCAACCUGGCGGGUCUUAUUCUGUCCCCGCUGCUGCUGGCCUGCUGCGGCUGGCGGGGGCUGUUCUACGUGUUCGGGGCCCUGGGGCUGCCGCUGCUGCUGAUGUGGAUGAAGGUGGUGCCGGACAGACCCCCGCCAACACCAACACCCCCGCAGCCAGCACUGCAGCAGCCAGCACCUGCUGCAACAGCAUCCCAGCCGCAACCCACGAUGACCCAGCCCUCCGCCUCCCUGGCUCCAUCAUCGUCUGCCGCUGCCGCCUCCUCCGAUGCCGCCGCUGCUGCUGCCACCACAUCCCCGGCCGGGCCGCAAGAGCAGGAGCGGGCUGCUUCUUCAGCUGCCGCCGGACCGGGCCCCGGCAGCACCCCCACCCCUGCCACCCCCACCCCCGCCACCCCCACCCGCACCCCUGACGUCAGUGCCGCCCGCAUGCUGUCCUGCUCCGCCACCUGGGCCAUCAUCGUGGUCAACGUGGUCAACCACUUUGGCUACUUCAUCUACCUCAACUGGAUGCCCACCUACUUCAACAAGGCUCUUGGCUUCGACCUGCGCGCCUCUAGCUUCACCGCAUUCCUGCCCUGGCUCGUCAUGGCCAUCGGCUCCUCCGCCGCCGGCCUGCUCGCCGACUCCCUCGUCGCCCGCGGCGUCUCCGUCACCGCCGUUCGCAAAACCCUGCAAACCAUCGCGCUGCUCGUACCCGCAGCCGCGCUGCUGCUGCUGGCACAACCCGGCAUCUCCCCCGCCACCGCCGUCGCCUGCAUGACGGUGGCGCUGGGUACCACCUCCCUGGGGCAAGCGGGGUUCGUGGCCAACAUGUCUGACGUGGCCCCGCGGCAUGCGGGCAAGAUGUUUGGGCUGUGUAACACGUUUGGUUGCGCUGCGGGGAUUGCGGGGGUGACGGCGGUGGGUUUUAUCGUGGAGGCCACGCACUCCUUCGCUCCGGUGUUCCUGUUAACGGCGGGGCUGUAUGUGGUGGGGGCGCUGGCGUGGAACGUGUGGUGCACCACGGAACGGGUGUUUUGAGGGGCGGUGAGGGGGCAUGGGAGUGGUGGUGGUGUGGA